AUGGAGCCUCAGGAGGCGGCAGAAGCCGAAGCAGAUGCAGUCAAAGCCCCAGCUGAUGCGGUGAACCAGGCACAGCUCGAGGCAGACUCCACGCUGCUAACCGGUGAUCUCCCAGGUACGGCAGCUGCGCGCGCGACGCGCCGCGGUGGUGCCGCUGCUGCUCGGGCGCUUGGCGCCCGCUUCGCCACAGAGCUCUUCAAUCCCCGGAGCGCUAUGGCCCCGAUCUCCCAUCAGACCAAGGGUGACCUCGCUCUGAUGCUCGGGGAGACGACGGUCAUGCAGACCACGCCCAAGCUGCGUCGUGACUUCCAGGAGGUCGCUGAUGGUGGCGCUGU